AUGGCCUCUAAGGGACCGUCUGUCUCCACUCCCAAUAAAGACUGCCAAAAAUGCAAGUCCCGACGUAUCCCGUGUGAUCGGACCCUGCCCAAGUGUCGAAAAUGCAUCUCGCGAAAUUUCGACUGCCCGGGGUAUGGGGUCCAUCUACGAUGGGAUCAAGGCGUUGCAAGCAGAGGAAAGCUAAUGGGCCGAUGUGUGCCUUUGGAGAAGGAUCUUCCCAAGCAGGUUGAGGUUCCCUCGCCUCUCACAAUCCAGCCCAGUCCAAUUUUCAAUCAACUCACAUCUCAAUUAAUCCGCCACUUUGACCAAGGCGUCGCGACGAAGCUUGCUUGGAUCGAUGGCCCAGGGAAUCUGUGGCGGAAUUUUGUCCUGCCCUUGUCGCAUACUUCACCGACGGUUCUCUUCUCCGUGCUGGCCAUGGCAUCGGAGGAUCUGGCAUGCAAGUAUCCGGCCGAUCAUCCUUGGUUUAGCAGAUUGCGGGGAGUUUCCGGCCAUAAUCGUGAUAAAGCUCUGUCGUCGCUGGCGCAACAGCUGAGCCUUUUCCAGACAGUCACGAAUCCUUCCGCUUGGGCUCACCCCGCUCGCUGUGCUCUGGCUUCCAUGCUUCUUCUGUAUAAUACGGAGCUUCUCACGGCUGAGGAUGAUCGAUGGCCGAUCCACAUCCAAGGCGCGAGGGCGAUUGUCCAAUGGAAGUCUCAAGCCACGCAGCAUGCCGGAUCUGUCGAUCUGUCUGACGUCUUCCUUCUCUACGAAUACUACUUUACUUCCGUCUUUAUGAAUCUAACGCGAUUUGAUCCAAGCGAUGAUAUAUCUGAGGAUAUCCCCACCCAUGGCAGUAUUAGCUUUUUCUCUGAUUUCGUUCGAAUCAUACACGCCAUCACUCGAGCCGAACGCCUGAGAUCUGCGCCAUCGUUGAAAUCAGAACUCCCACGUCUCGAAGAGGUCUUUGACGAAACCGUGGCCGCAAAGGACAAAAUCAUCCACAUGGGUCACACCAUGGAGUUCAAAUCCAGCGAGGCCCGCUGUGACUUCGAGUACCUCGUGUACAUGUAUUAUCAUGCGAUCCUGAUCUACAGCCAGCGUGUUCUCUCAGACAAUCCCUCCGAAGAAUUCAUCCAGCUAUCGCGAGACGCCAUUUUCACCCACCUUUCCUAUCUUUCGCGCAGUGCGUACUUCGCUCAUGAUCUGGUGUGGCCAGUGUUCAUCGCAGGAUCAGAGUGCCGCGGGAUUCCAAGUAUGCAGGAGACGGUCGAGCAUGCCAUGCUGAAUAUCAUGCAGCUCAGUGGGAGAUUGGAUCGGCAUCGGGUCUUGUCGUUUCUCAAGACAUUUUGGGCUUUGGAUCUCGAGCCCGGCGUUACGUGGAUUCACCUAGCAAGAGCAAAGCCUAUUGACCAUCGCUUCUUGAUAUUUUGA